ACGAUCCCAAAAAUAUAAAGAAAUGAUCACAUUACUUAAUUCCACCGUCUGCAACAUCUUGAUUGAGUCUUUGCUUCAUAUAGAAAUAACCUCAAUACAUCCUCCAGCCAGUUACAACCAUCAAUACUCUUAAUUCAUUUCAUUGCUGUUCUUCCAUUAAUUUUCUUUCAAGCCAUGGAAGAUCAUAAGAUGAUGAUCUUCCUAUAUUAUAGGUCAAUAGUACUACUCUUUCUCUUGAUUAAUUUUUUGUUCUUGAAGGGCAUCAAGUCUGAAGUUUAUACAGUUGGUGAUGAGCAACACUGGAACGCAGAAGUCAAUUUUGAUUCAUGGGUUCAAGAAUACAAUUUCACUGUCGGUGAUGUUCUUGUUUUCAAAUACAGCAAGGGGCAGCAUAAUGUGUAUGAAGUAACAGAAGCGACAUAUCGAUCUUGUGAUGCGAGCAGUGGAGUAUUAGGUGAAUACGAAAGUGGAAAUGAUCAAAUCACACUCGAAGAGGCAAAGAAGUAUUGGUUUAUUUGUAAUAUUGCAGGCCAUUGCCUUGGAGGAAUGAGGUUCGGCAUUAAUGUAAAAGAAGCUACUUCGUCUAAUACUAAUUCCACAAGUGAUUCUCCAUUGCCACCAGUGGAACCAACUAAUUAUUCUUCUGUAAUCCAUGGUUUUCAAAGAUGGAACUUUGGGAUUCUCUUUCUUUCAUCUGCAGUUUUGUUAUUUAAAUUGUAUUAAGAGAUGGGGGAAUUUUGUUAUUUCGAUAAAUUUGUUGUAGCUUUCAUCCAUAUGAUAUGCCGAUUCAAUUUCACAAGAAGAAGAAAAUU